AUGACGUCUUUCUGUCAGAAGUUCGUGGCAGCUUACGAGGCCUCAGCCCAAGAACAGGCAGAAAAGCCACUGCCGCAUCUGCACAGCGGCUUUUGGCUGCAGUCUUACGGCUUCUCGAAGGCGUGCUUGAACCGCUAUUGCCAAAUCAUGGCUUCAAAGCAUCCCAGCCUAAGCUGCGUGGCCUGCUCCCCUGGCUUUGUGGAUACGGAAAUGGUGAAAUCCUACCGUGGCGAUUCGAAGUUAAAGAGCGUGGAGGAGGGAGGCGACGUCUGUGCCUGGCUUGCCUGCUGCCCUUCCAUCGACAACGGCUACUACAAUCCAGACCGGAGCAUGUUGGAGGGGAGUUGA